UGAAAGUUAGUUCGAACUAACGGACGUUUGUAGUGUAGACAUACCCCAAGGCACCCCACAACAGGGAUAGCUAAUCCAUUAGCUGUUGUUAGCUGUACAAACCGGGUAUUAUGCAUGGUCAGAUCUCUCUCUUGUGCAGUAAUGAUGGUUCUUGGUGAUGUAUGUACUCAUGGGAGUGCCAUACUCCAUCCUCCUCCCCCUUUACAUCAGAGCUCUAGCAAUGGACUCUGUGGUAGAGCAGGAACUGAGGAGGGAUUGCCAGGCAAGGAACAGCAUAUAUGUAGGCGGCAGAGACACUGCUACCAAAGUUCUCUAAUCAGAAGCACAGGAAUGAAGACACACCUAUAAUGGAGCACCCACAGAGACAUGCAUCUCAAAGAACCAUGGAUUCUGUGCAAGGUUAGUGUCUUUUUCUUAUCUGGUGAGAUUAAAAGAUCUCUCAGUAAAAAAGCAGUACAUCAAAGGAGAAUAUACUCUUUAUUAUUAUGCUAAAUUUAGGGGCUCUUUAUUAUUAGUGUGACAGCAAUGUGUUCUUAAAGAAGAGAACUUUAAUGAGGGACAGGAAAGGAACUAAUGGACUUAAAAAUACCCCAGUUAUAUUAUCAGACAUAGUAUCCUAAUAUUAGGAUUCCUAGGGUGAUCAACAAGAAGGAACAUUAGCUUUUGUGUGCAAAACCCACUUCAGAUGAGAUGAUCUAUAGAAUAUAUGUUGAGAAUUUCAUCUCUAUUUUCUGAAGAAAUACAAUCUUGGGUACAGUUAACUAGAGAGUAUAUUCCUUUAACGAGAGUAUCUUCACCAAAUGCAGUGGGUCCCAUGUGAAUCAAGAAAUACACAAGUAUCCAGCAGACCUUGCUUAUCGCUGGGCCUCCCCAUUUUGGCAAAGCCAAUGUAUAACUUCCCACAGUGCCAGCUAAAAGCAGAAAUUAAUAUUUGUUGCUUUAAUCCAAAUCAGCCACUUUACAGAUUUAAUUAAGUAUUUUGAAAUAUUUUAAUAAAUGUGUUUAUAUCCCUUUUAUAAAAAAAGAAACAUCUAGAAAAUAAAUGUGGAAAACAAUCUUGUUCUGGGAAUAGGAAAAAUUCUGCAAUUCCCCUAAUGUGCCAGGUUUGGAUAGAAAAGAUCGAGGAUAAUUUUCUUAACUACAACUUCUGUUUUUCCAGAUCUGCUGCACAGUCCAGUUUCAACUAGUUCCUAGUCAGUGCGGGAGAUAUUCAUAAUAAGAACAUAAGGUUUUUUGUGCCACAGAUUCACAAAUUGUGACCUUCACAUUCUUCUCCUUAACUUUUUUCUUCUUCCUUCAACAGUGGAGACGUUUUCCUGCCAGUCUUUGUGCUGCCAUUUAAUUUGCACAUCAAGUUUGAUAACACUGAACAGAUGACUGAUCUCAGUCAGGGAAAGAAGACCGUAAAAUGCACCAAGUGCUCUGCUUCAUUUCAGUCAAGCAAUGUUGUAUUUUUUUGCUCCAAUUGCAACAAGGGUCCAGUGUGCUCCAGAGGUGCUCUGCUAGAAACAUCUGAUUUUUCAAGUUCCCAUGAUGACACCCAGUAUCACCAGUCAGAGGAACAAAUCUCUCUUGCAGCAGAGAUGCCAAAAUCAGAACUAGUAGACUCGUACAAAAAAAUGCUCCCCCAGUCAACUCGCAACAGUAGCGCAGAAAACAAAGUUCGUCACACACGAAUAGAUGAUGGAGCUGCUAUUCAGCAAAUCUAUUAUUUUGGAAGAAAAUUGGGACAAGGCAGCUUUGGGGUGGUAAUUGAAGUAAAACACAAGGAAACCGGCAAAAAAUGGGCGAUCAAAAAAGUUAAUAGGGAAAAGGCUGGAAGCUCUGCUGUGAAGCUACUUGAACGGGAGGUGAGCAUCUUAAAAAGAGUGAACCAUGAGCAUAUAAUACAUUUAGAAGAAGUGUUUGAGACCCCUAAGCGGAUGUUCCUUGUAAUGGAGCUGUGCGAGGACGGAGAACUUAAAGAAAUUCUUCGCAAGAAGGGACGUUUUACAGAGAAUGAGACAAGGCAUAUAAUUCAAAGCCUUGCAUCAGCAAUAGCUUAUCUUCACAAAAAAGAUAUUGUUCAUAGAGAUCUAAAACUGGAAAACAUUUUAGUUAAAAGUGGUGAAAUUGAUGAACAACAUGAAAUUAAAUUAAAUAUAAAGGUGACUGAUUUUGGUUUAGCUGUACAGAAAGCAGGUGGUAGCGAAAGCAUGUUUCAGUCUACAUGUGGGACUCCUACAUACAUGGCCCCAGAAGUUAUCAGUGCCCAUGAUUAUAGUCAACAAUGUGACAUUUGGAGCAUAGGAGUCAUUAUGUACAUGCUAUUAUGUGGUGACCCACCUUUUGUAGCAAGCUCAGAAGAAAAACUUUUUGAACUAAUAAAGAAAGGAAACCUGCACUUUAAUAAUCCUAUAUGGCAAACAGUUAGUGAGGCUGCUAAACAUGUAUUGCAGCUACUUCUGAGAGUAGAUCCUGCUCACCGAAUCACAGCUAAUGAAUUACUUGAUAACCUGUGGAUAACAGGUGAAACACAGAUUGUCCAGAGACCAUUUAAUGUCCUAGAGCUGAUGAAGGAAUGGAAUAACAACCUGGACAUUGGUGAAGUUUGCAAUGCGGAAGAAGAACUGAAUAACACAGCUACUGCGUUGCAUCAGGAUAAUAUGAGUGAAGAGCAGGAAAGUUUUGUUAGCAACAAUGGAAACUCAGAGCUUGGUACAGAAACUGAAAUGGAGAGUGGGAACAGCAAACCCUGUACACCAACAAAACAGGUCAAUAAGAAAAAAAAUAACACAAGUACUUUACCAAAUGGGACACUUAAAAAGAGGAGUGCCACUUCCAAGCCAUCCAGUGCUCCCUUUACAGGUAGGUCAGUAUCUCCAGUGUCAAAUUCUAGACGAAAUCAGGAGAAUCAAGAGAAGAAGGGGGAGACAGAAAAAUCCUGUGCGUCUCCAAACCAGGGAUUGGGAAAUAAAAACAUACAAAAACCCAAUACCACGCUCAGAACCAAAAAGAAGUCAUAGGGUUUCCAGCAACUUUGAACAACAUAGAACUGAGGCAACUUGUGCCAAAAUGAAGAUAUUGCAUAAAAAUGGACAAGACCAUUCUAAACUGUUAACCUUUUUGUUCACCAAAGCCCUGUAUUCAGCAGAGCGUGCUGGCUUUCCUUUAACACUGAAGCAGAUUCCAAAGCAGUGUGAACUCCUAACCAGUAAAAGGACAUCCACUGAUAGUAUUGUUAUCAGACUGCAGAUUAUCAAAAGUCUAAAUUUGUAUGUAAUAUUUGUUCUAUGCUAGCAGGCACCGUGCAUGUGAGUAGCUCACUACUAUGAAUCCACUCGCUAUGUUUUACUUAGAUUCAUUAGUUUUGUCACAAACACUUAUGGGGAAAACUGAGAGAUCAGAUUCUGCAAUGGGGGUUCCUAGUGCCCUUUGCACUAUAAGAUUUUUUUAGGAGAUUGCUUAUAAACUUGCUUUACACAUUAUAGCACAAGUACUUGGGUCAUGGAAAUUUGUUACUGCUAUGUUAGGUCACCGUAGAUUGCUUAUAAAACUUAUUUUAAACUUGAUAAAUGGAAGAUGUAUUUUUGAAGUAUGAUGAAAUUGCUGUGGUUCUUGCUGAUAAACUUCUGGUAUGUUGAUGAAAUACUUAAAUAAAAGCAGAUGUUAGAA